AGUAGGUAUCAUCCUUCAUUAAUUUCCGUAUUGAUUUCAAAGAAGAAGUUGGAUGUGCUAAAAGCAUAAAAAAAAUGGCUGAUGAAAGUCGGCAGGAUGUGGAAGACCGUGAGCGCAUCUUCAAGCGUUGUGACACAAAUGGCGAUGGGAAAGUAUCUUCCACUGAGCUUGGUGAGGCCCUCAAGGCACUCGGUUCAGUAUCAGUUGAAGAAGUUAAGCGGAUGAUGGCUGAGCUGGACACCGAUGGGGAUGGCUUCAUAUCAUUAGACGAGUUCACAGAGUUCGCAAAGGCCAACAGGGGCUUAAUUAGGGAUGUUGCCAAGAUUUUCUAGACUUUCUUAUUUUUAUUUUGGUAAUGAUCUUAUUAUUAUAUCAGGGUCGUGAAGUUUGUGGAAGCUACGUGUUAAUGAGUGUUAGAUGUUGAUAUGUUUGUAUACCCGUGUAUCAUGAAGGAAGUUUGUUAGUUUGGGAACAAUGGUAUUUUCUAAAAUAGUUUUUCUCUAUUGAUUAAUGUCCAGUUGUAAUAGCAGUUAUAAUGUUCAUAAAAAAAUCAAUGAAUUGCACUUUAAAAGAUUAGAAA